GACUUGCAUCUGUUUCACACUGCGUGAAUAAACACCUACUUCAAGUUUCUUCUUCUCUUCCUCCAUAGAUUUCCCAGAGGAAAAUGACAGCAGGAAAUCACUCCACAGUGACUGAGUUCAUCCUCGCUGGGCUAACAGACAAACCAGAACUCCAGCUGCCCCUCUUUCUUUUCUUCCUAGGAGUCUAUGUGAUCACAGUGGUGGGGAAUCUGGGCAUGAUCACACUGAUUGUGCUCAGUUCUGACCUGCACACUCCCAUGUACUAUUUCCUCAGCAGUUUGUCCUUCAUUGAUCUCUGCUAUUCCACUGUCAUUAUCCCCAAAAUGCUGGUGAACUUUGUGACAGAGAAGAACAUAAUCUCCUACCCUGAAUGCAUGACUCAGUUCUACUUCUUCAUUUUUUUUAUUGUAUCAGAAUGUCAUAUGUUAGGUGUUAUGGCUUAUGAUCGUUAUGUUGCCAUCUGUAAUCCGUUGCUUUACAAUGUCGCCAUGUCUUGUCAGGUCUGCUCCCGGUUGGUAGGUGAAGUAUACAUGAUGGGCUUGAUUAGUGCCACAGUUAAUACAGUUUGCAUGCUAAGAGUGGUUUUCUGCAAGGCUAAAAUAAUCAACCAUUACUUCUGUGAUGUUUUCCCACUACUGGAGCUCUCCUGCUCCAGCACUUAUAUCAAUGUAGUGGUAGUUUUGUGCUUCAGUGCAUUUAAUACUCUUGCACCAACCUUGACUGUCCUUGGCUCCUAUGCCUCCAUCAUUGCCAGCAUCCUGCGAAUUAGCUCCACUGAGGGCAGGCCCAAAGCCUUCAGGACAUGUAGCUCCCAUAUUUUGGCUGUUACAAUCUUCUAUGGUUCUGUAGCAUUCAUGUACCUGCAGCCAUCAAAUGUCAGCUCCAUGGACCAAAGCAAAUUGUCCUCUGUGUUUUACACCAUUAUUGUGCCAAUGCUGAACCCCCUGAUCUAUAGCCUGAGGAAUAAGGAUGUCAAAGUUGCUCUCAAUAAAAUCAUUGAGAAAAGACUAUUUUGCAUUAACAAAGGUUUAUAAAUCUUGGUGAAGACUCAGCAUGAAAGGAGUCCAGACACUGCAACAUAUAUACAGAAGUAGUGACAUUCUUGCCAACACUUGAUUAUUUGGAAGGCAGUUCCCAAGGAUAAGACUGGAUUCAUAGUGUCAUAUGGAAGGCUAUCUGUCACAAGGCGGGCAAAGUCAAUUCUAGGAAGGCCCAGAUAUCACCCCUAGUAAUCCAUAUUACCUCUAAUCUUUUUUUUUAUUUUAUUUUUUUUAGCCUUCAAA